AUGGGCGCAUGCUUUUCUUCUCAAAACUUCGAGGUCACAGAUGCAGACAGGGCUUUGCAUAAGAAAGCUGAAAAGGAGCUCAAGGAGGCCAAGGCCAAAAUGGCGACACAAGUCAAGGUUUUACUUUUGGGAUCUGGGGAUUCUGGAAAAUCGACGGUACUAAAGCAAAUGCGUCUCAUCUAUAAAAAUCCGUUUUCACCGCAAGAAGUAGAGUCAUAUCGGCAGUUCACGUUUGACAAUCUUACUGGUGACUUGAAGUGUAUCCUCGAUGCGAUGAAGGAUAUGAAUCUCAAAGUUUCGGAGGACAACAUUGACUCUAUCGAUGUCGUUAACAAUGCGCGAUACUUGAAGGACGGAGAGCCGUUCCCGAUGGAGUACCUUGAGCCGAUCAAGGCGCUUUGGUCUGAUGCUGGUAUUCGCAAGGCAUGGCGGAGAGGGAAUGAAGCAGCUCUACCUGAAAACUUGGAGUAUUUCUUCUCGGACCUUGAUCGUCUAUUCGAUCCCCAGUAUCUUCCGACUGAGCAGGAUAUCAUACAAUGUCGCGUUCGGACGAUUGGGAUCAAGGAAACAGUCUUGUAUCUUCAAGAACGCGAGCUCACUAUGGUUGAUGUCGGCGGCCAAAAGUCUGAGAGGCGGAAAUGGAUUCAUUGUUUUCAGGACGUGACGAGUAUCCUGUUCCUCGUCAGUUUGAGUGGGUAUGACCAAUGUCUGGUCGAGGAUAAGGACGCGAAUCAAAUGCAAGACGCGAUGACCAUAUGGGACUCGGUGUGCCACUCGCAGUGGUUCAAGAACACUUCGGUUAUCUUAUUCUUGAACAAGAAUGACCUCUUCGAAAAGAAGAUACCGCAUUCUGAUAUCAGAAAUUUCUUCCCAGAUUUUGAUGGUGAGCGAGGUGAUGUUCGUGCAGGUCGCGAUUACUUCAAACGUCGGUUCAUGAAAUUGGCCACUAACACUGGUCGGAAGAUAUAUAUUCACAUAACGACGGCGAUUGACACCGCCAUGCUUCGGCCCGUAAUGGCCACUGUAGAAGGUACGCUACGUCACAUUUGUUCUAUUGUGUCUGGUAACGUACGCAUCUCUCUCUCUCUUCCUCGUUGAAUCCGUGCUGUUCUGCUUUGAUUGCUAUCCUAUAUCCAUCCUUGCUUUCUGCAACAUUCAUGUAUUAUCACGACCCUACGACUGUCAUUACCUCCAUCCUUACAUCAAUUUCACUCGCAUUAUCAUUAUUCACACUUGGAUGUGUGAACAUUCUGUUUGCUAGGGUCGUGUUUUACAUCAUAACGGCACGUCUUUAUA